AUGAGAUGGGUAACAUCUGCAGGAUUUGUUGUGGGGGAAGUGUUUGAACUGGAGUUUUUCCUUCAGGUGGCAGCGGCACACAGUUCCGGAGAAACGCUUGAUCAGUUGUUAAAGGAGUUCGUGAAAUACCGUGAGGGCAGUUUACGGACAAUAUUGAAAGAGGACGAACAGUUGUUUCCCAUUGAUUCGAAACAUAUUUUUACAAAAUGCCUGGCAGUUUGUGUUGUUGGUGGUGGUGUUCCAAUGUCCGACCUGAGUGAACUCUAUCAACUGGCACCAUCAGAUCUCCCUUGGACCCUUCUAAAGGUGAAAAAUAGAACUUUAAUGGCAGUGUCACCACAAGCGAAGGCAGCAAUGCAAACCUUCGUGAGAACAAAUCAAGAUUUGGCAAAACAGCUGGUAAGUUCAUUGGUCCACGUGACAUGAUAAUUGAACCAGUCAUUUUGUGAAUCCAUGGAAUAUGUCUGACCUUCGUGGGGUUCUUGCACGAUAUGCAGUAUAUCUGUAUAUCUCUACUCUGACUGAACUAAACUGUACUUUUGUGUAUGUGUAAUUUGUAAAUAUAUAUUCACCAAAAUUUUUUGUCCAAGAACCCCUUUAUGCUCAAACAUUAUCCAUGGAAUCAUAAAAUGAUUGCGAAAAUGCAAUUUCUAAGCCCUUGAACCAGGGCAUUCUGGUUUCAAUUCAAUUUAAUUCGCAAACUGAGCGCUAAUUUUCUUUUUUCUUUUCUUUUUCUCGUUUAUUGAAUGAACUAUGUUGCGAAGAUUUUAAAAAUCUGAACGGGAACAGGGUGGAAACAUUUAUUUCUUUUCCAUGUUUUUCAAUUUAAUUCGCAAACUGAGCGCUAAUUUUCUUUUUUUCCAGCUAUACCUUAUCGAUGCAGGUAGGCACAGGAGUUCUGGUAGCACGCGUGGGGCACUAUUCGAGGAAUUUUUCUUUCAAGCAUUACCUGGUAUGAUCAUAGUUUUGAAGAGACAUGGUUGCAUUGAUGAAAUAGUGAACCUGAAGAUCGUUUCUCCGGCUGUGGACGAAGUUAAGGGCAGCAAUCUUGGAGAUUUUUUACCAGAGACGAAUUAUUGUUACUAUACACCUAACAUGCGAGAUGUGGACAUUAUUUUAAAUGUCGAUGACAAGAUCUUCUUAAUUCAGUGCUCGAUUUCAAGAGAGAUCGGGGUAAAAAAAGGUUUUUGGAGAACCGUGGAAAAUAGAAAGUUGACUGCAGUUCUUGCUGGGCCAUCGCAUGUAAAAAAGCAUCUGGAAGAUAGUAACUCUCAACUUGCUAACAAGUACAAACAAAAUAAAUUUGCGUUUGUACUCAGCAAUGAUGUUUUGGGGGACGAUUUUGUUAAUCUUCUGACGUAUGUGCAGGACAAUGACCGGUGA